GGUGAUAACACCGCAACAGUCUGUCUCUGUAGUCGCAAUGGCCACCUACACGGUUCUGUGUGUUGUGUUGUUUAUUUCAGUACUGACGUGUUUGAGCUGUAAACCGUUAACUGAAGACCCGUGUAUUUACACGACAAGUGAUGGGGUUAUUGACCUGUCUCCGCUGGCUAGUGACAACGAAACAGCCAGGUUCAGUGUCCUAGAUUCCCACACUAAUUACCAAUAUCUGUGGAGCCCCUGCCACCCAUUCACCGAAGACACCGUCUGUGAAAAUGCAUCGGUCUGUCAAUACAUCGUGUCUAUUGACUUCUACGUAUUAAUGGCACAACAAGACGGUGUCCUGCAGCAUGACAUCAACACGGGGCAGAACGUCCUGUUUUAUGUGGGGACCGACCCCCGAGAUCACUCCACUCGGCAGACGUACAUACAUCUGAUUUGCAGCCCUGACGAGCCCGGGGAGUUGGAGUUUGACAGAGAGGAACCGAUGGACACAUAUCAUCUGAACCUGACAAGCAAAUAUGCCUGCAUGUCAUCAGCUCCAACGACUACAUCAACGACAGCCUCCACAACUGCGUCAACAAGCACUUCCCAAAGAAACGUAACCUCGGGGACGACCGUGACGUCCCCUACCACCUCCUCUCCAACCACGACCUCCUCUCCCACCACGACCUCCUCUCCCACCACGACUACCUCUCCCACCACGACUACCUCUCCCACCACGACUACCUCUCCCACCACGACCGCCUCUCCGACCACGACAUCCUCUCCCACCACGACCUCCUCUCCCACCACGACCUCCUCUCCGACCACGCGCCAUACGUCGACAGCAGGACCACCAGCGUGUGUGUACGCGACACGUGACGGAGUCAUUGACCUGUCUCCGCUGGCUGGUGGCAGUCGAACAGCCAGGUUCAGUGUCCUAGAUUCCCACACUAAUUACGAAUAUCUGUGGAGCCCCUGCCACCCAUUCACCAAAGACAUCGUCUGUGAAAAUGCAUCGGUCUGUCAAUACAUCGUGUCUGUUGACUUCUACGUAUUAAUGGCACAAGAAGACGGUGUCUUGCAGCAUGACAUCAACACGGGGCAGAACGUCCUGUUUUAUGUGGGGACCGACCCCCGAGAUCACUCCACUCGGCAGACGUACAUUCAUCUGAUUUGCAGCCCUGACGAGCCUGGGGAGUUGGAGUUUGACAGAGAGGAACCGAUAACCAUAUAUCAUCUGAGCCUCAGAAGCAGAUAUGCCUGUAUGUCAUCAGCUCCAACAACUACAUUAACGACAGCCUCCCCCACAGCUACGUCUACAAGCCCUUCCCAAAGGAACGUAAGCUCAGGAACCACAGUGACGCCUCUCACGCCGCCCUCCCCUGCCACGCCCACUCCAGGACCACGACCUUCACCCAAGCCUUACAACCUCAUGACCAUCACCAUUCUGCUGUUCUGUAUUCUAAUCGCGCUGUGCAUAUUGAACUGUAUGAUCUGCCUUGGCCUGAUCACGCGACAGUCAGCUUCCAGUGGGCGUGUACCUGUCUCCUCACCUGGCCACACCAACCAGGCCUUUGAAAAGAAACCGUUGAACUAAGCAUGUUGAACUUCAGUGCUUUUAAUCGAAAUGAUAUUAA